AUGAUGAAACGAAAACCUCACAGCAAAUCCCGUCACGGCUGUCGAAACUGCAAAAAGCGCCAUUGCGAUGAACAAGGCCCUCCUUGCACAAACUGUCUAGCCCGCAACCUAGAAGGUUGCUCUUAUCUCACCGACCCUCCAACUCAACUCCCAGCAACAGAAACCCGGCGAAGAAUAGAGCUGGAACUCAUGCACCGCUGGUCAUCUUCAACAUACAAAAGCCUCGCCAGUAUCCCAGAAGACAACCAAUGGCUCCAGGAGGACAUGCCGCGCUGGGCUCUCAAACAUGAGUAUCUCCUACAGGGCAUGUUUGCCUUUUCUGCUCUAGAGAUAGUUCUCUGCGGCGGCGCUGUCGUUGUGGAAGAAGAUCAUGAGAUGUACUAUGCUAAACUGGCCGUUGAAUACUACGAUAAAGCAAGUCGUUCGUUUAGAGCGCAGCUUGAGAAUGUUACGGCUGAGAAUGCGCAAAAGGUGUUUAUGUUUUCGUUCCUGGCUGUUUCUGUCAAUAUGGCUCUUGGACAGUGUACUGCCUUUGAAGAUGUUUACGAGGGUGUACUUGAUCGCUUGGUGACGUUGUGGGAGUUACUCAUGGGCAACGCUUCCAUUGCCGAUCAACAUUUCGACGCUCUCAUUUCAGGUGCUUUGUCAAAGUCUACAGAGGCGGUGAUGAUAAGAACACAGCUACAAACCGAAACACCUACAUCCUUACGCAAAGAAACAGAAGACGCAUUAGAACGUCUCUCUAUAAUUGUCAACAAAGCCUGUGAAACAUCACCCAGCUCCGAAAAUGCCGAUCAGUCAGAGACCAAUGUACGCAUCCAGUCUUACCGCGCCAGCCUCUCCGCUAUACAAACAUGUUUUGUAGAAGACUCCAAAGAAAUCUACAAGGGUGUAGCAAUAGGCUUUCCUGCUCUUGCUGGGAGAGACUUUGGACUUGCGCUUAAGAGUUCGGAUCCUGUGGCCUUGCUAAUAACCAUGUACUGGGGAGUACAGCUCAAUACUUUGGGCAAGCUGGCUUGGUGGGUUGGUACGUUUGGUAAGAAGAUGGUAGAUGAGGUAUCAGAGAUGUUAUGGGAACCUGAACCGGGUCAUCAAAUUAUGAGUUUACCGGAGUGGAGAGAUAGUAUAUCCUGGGCGAGGACGGAGGUUGACUUGACGCCUUUGGUCGAGACUCCAUCAAGAUCAUGA